AUGGAUAGCUUGAAAAAGAAAGGCAAGAGAAAAGGUGGAGAUGAUUCUUCGUCUUCUUCAUCUUCUUCUUCGUCGGGCAAUCGAUUUCUUGGGGUGAGGAGGCGUCCGUGGGGCCGAUACGCAGCAGAGAUAAGAGACCCUUCGACCAAAGAGAGGCAUUGGCUCGGGACUUUCGACACGGCCGAGGAGGCUGCGCUAGCCUAUGACAGGGCCGCGCGGUCCAUGCGCGGGUCACGUGCACGAACCAACUUUGUCUACUCGGACAUGCCACCUGGCUCGUCACUCACUUCCAUCAUCUCGCCCGAUGAGCAGCAUCAUCAUCAGAAUUUCUCAAUGCUUUACGAAAACAACUCGGAGCAUAAUUUCAACUUUGCAAUAUCCAGUAAUGAGUACAGUCAGCAAGGAUUUCAGCUAGUGAUGACGAACAAUAAUAUUGGUAAUAAUAAUAAUAUUGUUAAUAAUAAUAAUAAUUAUCAUAAUGAGUACAGUCAGCAGGGGAGUGCUGAGCUGCCGCCUUUGCCACCAGACAUCAGCUGUGGGUCGGAGGAGCCGCCACUACUGUCGGAAGUGGGAAAUGAUGUGGUGAAUGAGAUGAGGUGUCUUGAGCACCGGCUUAGCUUCGAUGCUCCUUAUGAGGCCUUUUUCGGGUUCGACGAAUCUUCAUCAACCAGUUAUGGAUGGUUCUGA